AUGAAUGACAACCAAAACAACAACUCUCAGCAACAACAUCAACCUUCAGCGACACACUUGAUGACCCAAUACGACUAUGCCAACGGAUCUAACCCUGAUGUUCUUCAAAGAAUUGAUGCCGGAGCAGGUAGAUUUAGAUAUGCUCUGUAUUAUUUCGCAAAAAGACCUCUUGCAGCAAUCGGCUUUUAUGCCUGUGCUGGAUCGUUCUUUUCUAUGGUGGCAAGCCUAAUCACAGGACAAAACGCACGGACUGUGAAGUUUUGGAGUACAAGUUUUAUAUUAUCUGCUGGCCUCGGAUUAUUAUCAAUUCAAUACUAUGCAAACAAUCCUCCAACAUACAAAAAUUAUGGUGAUGAAGUCUUGCAAAAAGGAGUUAAAAAGUAUACCGAUAUUAUGAAGAAGAAGCCUAAAUGGGAACAAAAUUAA